AUGCCGCUGGAGCAGAUCCGACCGGCCUUGCGGCUCGAUCCAGAACAGCCUCGACGCUAUUCCUCGCUUCUCGUCGACGACGACGAUGCCGUCUCCCCCGCCCACUCUCCGGGCGACGAUUUUGGACGAUCCGACUGGCUUCAGGGGCCCUCGGGCAGUCUACGGAGAGCCUCGAGCGUGAGAAAGGCGGAAGAGAUGAGCCUGGGCAAGCUCGGCGGCGUCGGAGGCGUCACACGCUCGGGCAGCUGGAACCGGGGCUCCAUAGGCAGCGACGCUGGCAGGGGCAGCGGAGACGUCGACGUUUCACCCGGCCGGCGCGGCGCGAAGCUGUACCGCUCACCACAUCCACUCUCGGAGGAGGACGGCACCGACGUCGAGCGCGAGGACGAAGACACCCGCCGCUCCGGGCAGACCGGACCAGACUAUCCAGGUCGCAGGAAGCUCGGUAGCAUUGGAGGAUCGACAAGCUCCGAGGCGCCUUCCUCGUCGUCCAGGACGUCGACCUCGUCCUCCUCUGCCGCCGCCUUCUCGCUCAGGAGCCUGUCCAACCGCAACUCGACAGGUAGUGUCUCCAGCACCGCAUCCUCCACUGGCUCGAUGAACGUCAGCGGCAGCGCACGGACACAGACGCCGGAGAGCCAGUCGACUGUCUCGCCGGCGAACCAUUUCGACGAAAGCGGCUGCGAACCCAGCGGCAGCGAUGGUCUCAGGACCGACUGUGAUUCUGUCAGCGACUCCACCGAAGCAAUGACCAGCGACCUGGCGCCGCCGCCAGUCCCUGGCUCCGCUGCUGUCGCCGAAGACAUCCGCCCUCCUACGCCGCCAUCAGCAGAGCGGAGCGCCCAGGCACAAGCCACAGCUGGGUUGCCCCGAAGCGACGACCACGACGCUGCUCCAACGUCCACAGAUGAAAAGGACGCAGCUUCGUCUAGACCUCAAAGAACACGUGAAGAGGACGAUUCGGCCUCUCUCCCCACCGAGGCAGGCCAGACGCCGGUUGCGCGACCCUCGAUGGUGCUACGGAUGCCGUCGGCCGAGGCACUGGUCGCUGGACUGGCACAACCGCGAUCCUCGAGCGCAGACGCGUUUGCCACACCGUCCGAGGGACCGCCCGCCACGGCGGAGAUGGCUCUCCGCCCUCCGGCGCCGCGACGCCAUUCUGGCCGCUUCAUGCUGCGAUCUAGGUCGCAGCUCGCAUCCCACGCAGGCCUUCAGAUGUCCUUUGCCAACGGAGGACAGGGGCGGGCAGCCGCUCGCGAUCGCUCACGGCAUCCGUCGGACUACGACAAUGCCCCCUUCAGCGUGCUCGAGGCGAGGAGACAUGCCCAUGCCGGCGAUCCGGUCCCGAUGCCGUCGUCGCCAAGAUUGAGCGCCACCGCCGAUUGGUCGAAGCGCAAAGCCGGCGCCUCUUCCUCCACUCGAUUGGCCGGCCUGACGCCCCUCGCUCGGCCGGAUCUUUCGGAUGGCCCCCUCGGCGGUAGCGGUGACGAGGGCGGGCAUGCGGAUAGCGACGACGGCCUCAAUGGCGGUCUCGUCCGCCCGAGCGGCCUCAGUCGGUCAUCGCCGGAUCGCUCUCUGGGUUCCUCACUCGGCUCACUCCACGUCAGCGCCUCAUCCGUUUCGGGCGCUCGGCCGAGUCUCUCCCGGACGACGUCGAUACAGGGCACCAACGUGUUUCGCACACCGACAAUGGAGGAGUGGUCGCGCUUUCUCGAGAGCCAGGGCGUUACGCUGCCUUCGGGGCGGCACAGCAGGACCGCGACCAACUUCAGCGCCGUCUCGUCGCAGCAGCUCUCAGCCCGACCGGGAGCCCCAGGCGCCUCGUUGGGCUCGAGCUCCAGGGGCGACCCCAACAGCGACGAGGACCCAAGCAGCGACGAGUCCGACGAUGACCUGACAGCUGGCGUCCUGGAGAAGCUUCGGCAGAUUGGCCUGAGUCGUGCCGCUAGCCGGGCUGGCUCGGUUAUGGGCGAGGAUCUCGCCAGCCUCCACGAGGCCGAGGAAGAGGAUCUCUCGUCGCCGGACCACCUGUCGACUUCGACCAGCGACCCCCUGGCCCUCUUCAUGUCGACGCCCGGGUCGCGCCGCGAGUCGCCGCUCCCUUCGCCGGGUCUCGAGAGAUCGCCCUACGGCAGCCCUACGUAUGAGGCGACCCCGCAGCCGUCGCGCGACCGGCUCGCCAGCCUGCGGUCGCCCACCUGCCGGAAGCGGAACAGCAAAGAGGCUUUGAAGUCUUCGCAAGCGACCGCCUCGUACAGCCACGGCGAACAGGCGCAGAAGACGAUCAGCGACUACGUGAUUCUGUCCGAGGUCGGUCGAGGCGCCUACGGCUUGGUCAAGAGGGCCCGGGCCAAGGGUCGGGAUGGCCAAGCGACGGGCGACGAGGUGAUCAUCAAGUACAUCAUCAAGAGCCGGAUCCUGGCGGACUGCUGGCGCCGGCACCGCACUCUCGGUCCCAUCCCCAUCGAGAUCCACGUCAUGGAUCAGCUGCGCCGGCUGCCCUACCAUCCGCCUCCAGAGCCGUUGCCAUGGUCGCCCUCCCGCCCUCGAUCUGCGGAGGAGUACCGUCACAGGCAGGAGCUCGGACGGAGCGGCGGAGACCCUCGAACCGCACGCCUCCCUCGAAGCCCGAGCACCGGGCGCCGCGAUCUGGCGCCGGCCUUCGAAACGGCUCAAGGGCCCGACGAGCAGUCGCCACCGAAGCCGAUGUCGCACCCGAACCUCUGCCAGAUGCUCGACUUUUUCGAGGACGGCGAGUUUUACUACAUGGUGAUGCCACGCUUCGGGACGGGGCAAGACCUGUUCGACUACGUCGAGAGCGCACCCGACGGUCUUGACACUUUCGAGAUCCGCAGCAUCUUUGGCCAGGUGGCCGACGCGCUGCGCUUCCUGCAUGCCAACAACAUUGUGCACCGCGACAUCAAGGACGAGAAUGUCAUCCUCGACGGCCACGGCAACGUCCAGCUGAUCGACUUUGGCAGCGCGGCGCACAUUCGGCCGGGACGGCUGUUCGACACCUUCAGUGGCACGCUCGACUAUGCCGCUGCCGAGAUCCUGCGCGGCGAAAAGUACGCCGGGCAGGCGCAGGACGUGUGGGCGCUGGGCGUCGUGGGCUUUGUGCUGCUGUGCGGCGAGUGCCCCUUUUGGAACGGCGAGGAGGCCAUCGAGGGCCUGGUGGAAGGAUCGAGGGCCAAGGAGACGCUGCGCGAGCGCAACGUGCUGGCGGACGCCGACGGAUCUGGCGGCCUUGGUGCAGCCAGCGGCGACGUCGACGAUGAGGCGGCCAACUCGAGCGAGACUUCGCUCGACCCAGCGACCUGGAACGUUGCGCGCAAGAAGCCGCCGCACGCUGAGCUCGAUGGAGGAGGUCGGCUGGACGACGUGGUGGACCUCAUUUCGCGGUGUCUCGAGGUGGAUCCUGCGCUGCGGCCCACGGCGGCCCAGAUCUGCGAGCACCGCUUCCUCGCCGGGCAGGGAGGCUGGACCGGUCCUCGAGGUUGGCUGUCGGGAACGCCACGCAGCGACUAG